AUGUGUGCCCGAGGAAUGGCGGCCUCUUUUCCAGAAUUUCUCGGGAAAUUUUAAUCUUUCUGCCAUCUUAGUACACGGUCUACAAUGUUUAUAAGAUGCUUUCUUAAAUAUCAGGUAACAGAUUGAUCCAAACAAAAGUGCAGAGCCCCCAAUAUGUCAGGCCUGUUUCUAAUGCGCCUCAAGCAGUGCUUUGCUUUAGGGACUUGUGUGUUUUUAUUCAUCUUUGGCAUCCUCUUCGAUCGUCACUUAAGACUUAGGCCGUCUCAAGGAAUGUCCCUAGACUCAAACAAGCUGCAAGUCCCAGCCAUUAGAACCAAAAAAGUCAUUGCGAGAACUUUAAAAGAGGGCUCGUCCCGUAACAAAACAACAUUGGAAUUAUUGCAUAACAAGCGACUAUCUGAAUAUGUGAAAGAUGAAAAGAUUGACUCGCUAGAGGCAAAUCAUCUGGCAAAAAUUGGGAUAACUUUGGAGAAAGCUUUGAAGAAAAGGUCUGACAACUAUAUACUUGGGAUUAUAAAGAACAAAGGAAAAGUAAAUGGAGCUACCAAUGAAAAUUUGAAAAAUCAGUCACGUCAAAGCGAGGGGAAGAAAAGGGUUUUUCAAAUCCCUUACAUAAAGUUGUAUGGAGUGCAAUACGUCCUUGAUAAGUCAACUGAUUACACGCCAAAUUCUCACAAGCCUCCCCAACAUGUUUACCAUGACUACGCGCAUGCGCGCGUCGUGUGUGAUGACCGGGGAGCAGAAUGCCAGGGUCUCUUCCAGUGGUACCGGGGCAGUCAUUUCAUUCUGUUAUCUACGGUGACGAUGGUGCAGAGAGGAAGAGGUGUGCUAUACAUCAAGGCCGAUAACGCUGCGAAUUUAACUUUUGUAACCGCUGACCGGGCGUGUGUUGUCCCAGUGAGCGCACGUUCCCUCCCCCCCUCCCUCAGCGUAGCAAAUUCGUCGGGUUGCACUCUUCCCCGUCUGGACCCGUUCGACCCGAGCGUCACGGCAUUCUUCCAGCGACGGCAGCCUCUACAGUGUGAGGGGGUGGCGUUUACUAGUUAUCAUGGAAACACGCUGAAGGUUGUACGCAAGGAUGACAGAGGUGCCCCAUUAAGACGCAUUACGUACCGCGAGAUCCACAGAGAGAACGCCACCGAUAAUGGCUAUACUCUUGGCUUCUCCCAUGAACUACCACUGAACUUAACCAACGGCAUUCGCCUUACGCAUGACUUCAUCCAAGUAACCGCUGAAUUUACAAACGGCGCAACGCAAGUCGACUAUCACUGUCACGUGACGCCAAAACCCGAGGUCUCCAAUAUAAACCGCGGGUUUAGGGGGAUACCGCUGAAUAUAAUUAUAUUGGGACUUGAUAGGAAUUCUGCUGGCACGUUUCAGCGGCUGCUGCCUGAUGCGUAUGAAGUACUGAAAAAGGAGCUCAAUGCGCAUAUGUUUGAGGGUUUCUCCUUACUAGGGGAGGGAACAACGCCCCAAUUAACUGGCCUCUUGACAGGAAAAACAGUGGAGUCUAAUUGUGCCAAGCAUGAGGCUCGAAGAGGCGUCGAUGGAGCACAAACUGUAGACGAAUGGCCAUUUAUUUUUAAGACUUUAAAGGAUAAAGGCUAUGUUACUAUGUUCAGCGAGGACGCUCCAUCUAUCGGUGCAUUUGCCAUGCGUCUAAAAGGCUUUGCUAACCAACCCACCGAUCAUUACGGGCGCACGUUUUGGUCAGCAGUGCCAUUCAAAGAGACAACCGGUCUUCAUGAUAACUGCAUCAACUCACAACCACAACACCGACUUCAAUUGGAAUACCUGAAAAGCUUGUUUUACUCGUACCCAAGACAACCGAAAUUUGGAUUCACAUUUCUUGGAAGCCUUUGCCACCAAGAAUCUAUCAACACAAUUAGUUAUGCUAAUGAGGAUGUAAGGGAUCUCUUCUAUUGGCUAAAGCGGGAAGGCCAUUUGAACGACACGAUGCUGGUUGUCAUGGGUGACCACGGGGCCAGGUUUGGCGAGAUUCGCGCCACUGUUCAGGGGAGACUGGAAGAGAGGCUUCCUUUUCUCUCUAUUGUACUCCCGGAAUGGUUCAAGGGAGAAUUCUCUCAACUUUUCUCCGCAUUGGAACUUAACCAAAAACGCUUGAUAACACCAUUAGAUUUACACGCUACUUUUAUGCAUAUUUUGAAUUUCCCCCACGAUCCUUCGCGAUCUCAAUUAUCUGAUGGCGUGAGUCUGUUCACGUGCAUCUCUGAAUCACGUGACUGCCAAGGGGCAGGGAUCCCCGAACAUUUCUGCCCGUGCCUCGAAUGGGAACCGAUUCGUAAACACCACGCGCAUAUUGUUAUGGGUGCUCAGGCGGCCGCUUACAAAAUUAACUCCUUCCUUGCUCUCGACAAGACAGCAAGUAAACUUUGUCAUUUCACGAGGCUGAAAAACAUUAAAAGCGCUGUCCAAGAGAUACUCUUCGCUAAAGUGCUGACGUUUAAGGAAACAGAGAAUGGGAUAGGCCUAGGAAUAGGAAGGCCUUUGUAUGACAAAGCAGGUAGUCCAAGUGAGUGUAGAUAUAUAAUUCAAUUCUCGACUCAGCCUGGCAGCGCGAGAUUCGAGGUAAUGGUUGUCAUACAAGACAAUAAAGCCAGCAUAAGAGGCAGUAUAAGCCGCAUUAACAAGUACGGCUCACAACCGUCAUGCAUUGCACAGGCCUUACCACAUCUUCGACCGUUCUGCGUAUGCAAAUAAGCCACAGUCAAAUCUUCAAUAAAAGAUUACUCUUUUAUCGCGUAUUACGCGUAAGAAUCUGUUUCCCCUUUUAGUCCACAUAAAUCAAGCCUGCGAAAACAGACGCCUCUAGCAGCUCGCGAAAUAACUAGAGCCGCAAUCCGGCGACAACGCGAAGGUAAUGAGCCCCUUCGCUUCGGGUUGUUGCCGGUUUGCGGCUCCUUUGUAGUCAAGCUUGGAGCCUCUAGGUAAGAUCGAAUAUGAGCCUCUGAAAAUUGCCAUAAUAAAUAAGCGCUUAUUCGAGCAAUUAUUACGGAAUGAAAGAAACACGGCACUCUCAAAGCUUUUGCGGAUCUAAAAACAUAAGGUUAUAAAAACAUUAAUUUAUUUUUACGUUAUACUGACAAUUCAGGAGUGCGCAUGCGUGAAUUGUUUCGUUUCUUGCAGACCCACAUGGAUUAUUCGAGGUAAACGGAUGUCCUCGUUUCCGUCCUCCAGAAAUUUCAAGACCGUACUUACUAGGAUCAUUUCUAUAGUACGCGUCCCGUCUUUGUAACCUUACAGAGACAACCACGAUACCCACGGUGACGAUGCAAAGCGUGAUCCUCUGAGCGCGAAGCACGUCGAGGGCAUUGCCUUGAUUGGCAAGUCGCCACCGACGAUUGAUGACCGUUCUUCCCUGUCCAUUAGUGGCUGGGUGGAGGAGGAUCACGCAUUCAGAGU